UUUCUGUUCCUGAAGGAAAAAAAAAUUCUGUGAGUGGACUCAUUCAUCCUGCUGAAGAUUAGUGUGUGUGUGUGUGUGUGUGUGUGUGUGUUUGUGUGUGUUUGUGUGUGUGUAUAUAAGCUGUUGGACUUUAGUUCAGCUCCAGGUUUUGGUUUCAGCAUGAGGUCCACUCUGUUUCUGCUUCUGUUCUUUGAUCUGUCUCCAGCCAUCAGUCGGGGACAGUUGGAGGAGGAAGGUGGCAUGGGGACGGUGGUCCCUCCGGAGCUCCCUCCGGAGCUCCCCGUCCUUUGGGAUGAGCUGUGGGGUUUAAAGGAGCUGGUCCUGAGCCUGAAGGCGGUGGAGGUAGCGCAGCGUCAGGCCCUGCGGAGCAUGGAGAGUCGGCUGAGGGACGGGGAGGUGGAGGCUGAGCAGCAGAAACGCAGCCUGGAUGCGCUGCAGGAUAUGGCAGUCCGGCAGAGGGAGCAGCUGAGGGACUCUGAGGAGAGGACGGAGGCUGACAAGAAGCUUCUAAACCAGCUGACCUCAGGUUUGAGGGGGAGGCUGGAGGAACUGGAGGAGGAGAGCAGAGCUCGAGCACUCGAGUUUUCAGCUCAAGUGUUGACGCUUUGGUCCCAACUGAACACCAGUGAGGGUGCCGUGGAGGAGCUACAGAAGAAGAACACAGCAUUGGCGGCGGAGCUGCCAUUCCUGCAGACGAGACUGAGGGCGAGCGAGAGCACGGUGGAGCAGCUGAGGAGGAAGAGCACAGUCCUGGCAGUCAGACUGUGUAACACUGAGAGUCUGAUGGAGGAGCUGAUGAAACAGACCUCAGUUAUGGAGAGCCGACUGAACUCACUGCAGGAACAACUGAACACGUCUGAGAGAAACCAGCUCAGUCCCAUACAGGAUCAGCUGUCAUUGAUCAGCAGCAGACUGAACUCCAGUCAACCUUACCUGGAUAAGCUGAACAGAAACUCUGCAGAUCAAACGGGUCGACUGACAUCUGUAGAGACACGAUUGGAUGAGCUGAAGACAGAAAACACAGAGCUAGAGGGAAAAUUGAGAUCCACUGAGACAAAGCUGGAGAAUCACGCUGCAGCUCUGGAGGUCAGACUGAGUUUCAGUGAGAAACAGCUGGAAGAUCUGAAGACAGAAAACACAGUUCAGUCUGUUCAACUUUCCUUGAUGGAGUCCAGACUGACAGACAGCCACAACAGCACUACAGCUCUGGAGGGCAAACUGAGAUCCACUGAGACAAAGCUGGAGAAUCACGCUGCAGCUCUGGAGGUCAGACUGAGUGUCAGUGAGAAACAGCUGGAAGACCUGAAAACAGAAAACACAGUUCAGUCUGUUCAACUUUCCUUGAUGGAGUCCAGACUGACAGACAGCCACAACAGCACUACAGCUCUGGAGGGCAAACUGAGAUCCACUGAGACAAAGCUGGAGAAUCACGCUGCAGCUCUGGAGGUCAGACUGAGUGUCAGUGAGAAACAGCUGGAAGACCUGAAAACAGAAAACACAGUUCAGUCUGUUCAACUUUCCUUGAUGGAGUCCAGACUGACAGACAGCCACAACAGCACUACAGCUCUGGAGGGCAAACUGAGAUCCACUGAGACAAAGCUGGAGAAUCACGCUGCAGCUCUGGAGGUCAGACUGAGUGUCAGUGAGAAACAGCUGGAAGACCUGAAAACAGAAAACACAGUUCAGUCUGUUCAACUUUCCUUGAUGGAGUCCAGACUGACAGACAGCCACAACAGCACUACAGCUCUGGAGGGCAAACUGAGAUCCACUGAGACAAAGCUGGAGAAUCACGCUGCAGCUCUGGAGGUCAGACUGAGUGUCAGUGAGAAACAGCUGGAAGACCUGAAAACAGAAAACACAGUUCAGUCUGUUCAACUUUCCUUGAUGGAGUCCAGACUGACAGACAGCCACAACAGCACUACAGCUCUGGAGGGCAAACUGAGAUCCACUGAGACAAAGCUGGAGAAUCACGCUGCAGCUCUGGAGGUCAGACUGAGUGUCAGUGAGAAACAGCUGGAAGACCUGAAAACAGAAAACACAGUUCAGUCUGUUCAACUUUCCUUGAUGGAGUAUCCAGACUGA